UGUAACAUCAUGAGAAAAGUCAAUAAAUACCCCACAACAUGGUUUCCACAUGGGAACACUGUCACAUACAUUCCUGAACAAAAUCCUCUCAUAUAUAAUGACUUUAUGCAUGAAAACAAACAACAAAUACAGCUCCAAAAUAUAAAAUGUCAAUACCAUCACUUAACAUAUGUAGCAUUUAGCAAAGAAAAUGCACACCUUCCUUGUAAUCCAAGAACAAAAGAUGAAUUAAAGCUAGCAGAGACGACACUAAAAACACAGAACAUUACCUUAAUGGAAAGGUCUCUGAAUAUAUGUACCAAUGAAAAUAAUAACAUAUCUUAUUUAAAUAAGCAAGCUUAAACCUGUAACUUUCAUAAUAAAAGUCCUUUUCAUAACCAGCACAACAAGAUCACACUACUACCCAACAAUGGUGAGAAUAAUAUAAAAAAAAAAGGGGGAGUCAUGUAAACACAACACAGCUGACGAUUUCAACACUAGAAGGUGUUACAAGCAUGAAUGAAAAUGUGAAAAUAUGAACAUCAUUGUCAAAAAGGUGCAAAAUAACAGCAGACAAAUACGCCGCACCGUUUGCUCGAACACGUCAAUCAAAGAACAGCAGGAGCAUAAAUGAAAACCACAUCAAUAAAACACCUCAGAGAAAACACAGAUCUUCAGAUGAGAUCGAAAGAGAUGAACAAAGUAAUAAAGUGGAUCCACGAAGUACAAAAUAAAAUGGAUAUUUGACUGCACACUGCGUACAAAGUAUGAGAUUGUGGUUGACUGAUUAUGUAGGUUUGUGUGUGUGUGCGUGUGUGCGUGCUGUUUGUUAAGCUUGAUCAGUCUCUGUAAACAGCCUCGGAGUGUCCGGGACAGUCAAUAAAUACCACUCGAACACCUCAGUCACAACACAGACACAGACGGCUCCGACAGGGGAGGGGGACCAAUCACGGCAGAGUUUGUCUUGAUUGGAUGGAGAUGACAUGUUGUGGUUGUGUGCAGCGUCUUAACGAGCCUCACAAAUUGCCCUGGGAUUAUUUUACUUGCUGUUUAAUACAGUUUUGUUAAUGUAUUAUAUGUUAUUAUCUGUAUUCAGUGAUGUAAUUUUUCUUAUUCAGGAUAAAGUCGUGUUUCUUCUCAAAACCAGUUCAGAAACAUUAAAAAAAAAAAGGAAAGUUUCCUGUCUGAUUGAGCUGUUUUUCUCUGAAUUUCAUCAUAGUUUCAAAGAAUAUCUGGGUCUUUACAGCUGGGUCACAGCUGUAAAAGUGUUUGAGGCUGCCAGUGUUUGAGACACACACAAAAGCCAAAAACUAAGGGCAUUUCAGUUUAUUCUCUAAAAAGCCUUUAUCCUUUUUUGCAGCAGCAGGAAAGACAAAAAAGGUCAAAAAUUUUUUAAAAGACAGAGGACACAGUUUAAACUAACAACCUAAACAGACAUAUUCUGGCACGGACGGUGAUUCCUAUUUUAAAACAGAUUAUGAAACUGUUUUGAAGUGCUGCAUGAAAGAGGUGUAGAUAAAGACGUGUAGCUAAAGACAUUUUCUCAGCUUUUAUGCAACCUUGAAUUUCUGGCAGGGAAGACACACACAGUAUUUUUUUCUGUUUCAUAGUUCCACAGAUGGCUCAUUUUGCAAUAAGAAAAACAAAUGCAAAAAUGAUUGGGAGUCAUAAUCAAAGUGACAGUUAUAUGAGAUCAUGUUAUGACCCCCUCUCUGCCCUCUGACCUCAGAGAGUUAACACUUCUGUCCAAGCGACUAUUAAUUACACUGUCCAAACAUGCCUUGACACUUUAAAAACUCAUUUGUAUCUUCUCCUCACAGGUCCAGAAUGUUCCAGGAACUUCACGGCUCCCAGUGGCACCAUCAAGACGCCGGGCUUCCCCGAGAAGUAUCCCAACAACCUGGACUGCACCUUCAUGAUCUUUGCCCCCAAGAUGUCGGAGAUCGUGGUGGAGUUUGACAGCUUCGACAUGGAGCCCGACACCACGCCGCCGCCGGGCGCCCUCUGCCGAUACGACUGGCUGGAGAUCUGGGAUGGCUUCCCUGCAGUGGGUCCCCACAUUGGCCGCUACUGUGGCCAGACCUCUCCGGGCCGUGUGAUCUCCUACACGGGCAUCUUGUCCAUGACCAUCACCACUGACAACGCCAUCGCCAGAGAGGGAUUCUCCGCCAACUACACCAUCCGCGAGAGGAGCGUCCCUCCGGGACACACAGAUGAGGAUUUCGCUUGUAUGGAGCCACUGGGUAUGCAGUCCGGUGAAAUUUCCUCAGACCACAUCACCGCCUCCUCCCAGUACAACUCCAACUGGUCCCCAGAACGCUCCCGCCUCAACUACCACGAGAACGGCUGGACGCCUUCAGACGACACCGUCAGGGAGUGGAUACAGGUGGAUUUGGGGUUUCUCAGAUUCGUCACAGCCAUCGGGACGCAGGGCGCCAUCUCAAAAGAGACCAAGAAGCACUACUACGUUCGCUCCUACAAAGUGGACCUGAGCUCCAACGGAGAGGACUGGGUCACCAUGAAGGAGGGCUCAAAGCAGAAGAUCUUUCAGGGAAAUCACAACCCAACAGACGAGGUUCGCUCCUUCCUCCCCAAACAGACUCUGGCUCGUUACAUCCGCAUCCGCCCCAUGUCUUGGGAGCAAGGCAUCUGUAUGCGCUUUGAGAUCUACGGCUGCAGAAUAUCAGACUAUCCUUGUUCAGGGAUGCUGGGGAUGGUGUCAGGUCAGAUCACGGAUGCUCAGAUCAGCGCCUCGUCUUACGCCGAUCGAGGCUGGGUGGCUGAGAACGCCCGCUUAUUGACGGGGAGGUCAGGCUGGACUGGACAGCAAACCAAGCAGCCCUUCAAAAACGAGUGGCUACAGGUGGAUCUGGGCCAGGACAAGUUCGUGACUGGUGUGUUGAUCCAGGGGGGGAAACACCGUGACAGGAACGUCUUCAUGAAGAGGUUCAAGAUGGGCCACAGUAUGGACGGAGAAGACUGGACCAUUGUCAAGGAGGACAACACCACCAGACCCAAGGUAUUCAUCGGGAAUCAGAACCAUGACACCCCGGAGCUCAGGUCCAUGGGUAGGUUACUGAGCCGCUUCGUCAGGAUCUACCCAGAGAGAGCCACCACCGAGGGCCUGGGCCUCCGACUAGAACUGCUGGGCUGUGAACUGGACGACAUUACAACCGCGGCACCCCCCACCACGCCAGUCGCUUCUACAUUUCCCAUGACCACGUUUGGGGCGACCACCACCGCGCCAAUCACCGUCCCCGGCACAACCAUGACUACUGACUGCGAUGAAGGACAACAGGACUGUGCUGGCGAGACUGACGCACUUGAGGACUACAACACAGAGCCGGCAGGAGGCACCACAGCGGGCAUUCCCAUCAUGGACUUACUACCAGCGUUUGUGUGGUUUGCCUGUAACUUCGACUCCUCGUCGUUCUGCGGCUGGACCGGAGAGACCGAUACGGGGGCUACGUGGCUCAUCCAGAUCAACGGGGCUCCUGCCGUCCACAGAGGACCAGACCUGGACCACACAGGAAGACCAGGGAACUUCAUCUACAUGCAACUGAGUGACACAGACACACUAAGUAAAACCGGUGAAGGCGAGGACCAAGAGGAGAAAGUGGCGAGAUUGGCCAGCCCGCUUGUCACAGAGCCGGACGCUGACCUGUGCAUGUCCUUCUGGUAUCACAUGUUCGGCGAACACGCCGGAGCGCUUCACAUCAAGCAGAGGAAGGAGGUGGUGGAAGGGGAGCAGAUCCUGUGGACGGUCAGCGGUCAUCAGGGCAGCCGGUGGAGGGAGGGACGAGUGUUACUGCCGCGCUCGAGUAUCCCCUAUCAGGUGGUGGUGGAAGGUGUUGCAGACAGACGUAGCACAGGCCACAUAGCUGUGGACAACAUCCAGAUCAUCGAUGGAAUCAACAUUGAAGACUGCAAGGAUCCAGAAGCUUCUACAUCUCCGCCCACUGAGAUCUUCAUCCUACCAAUGGACUCCCUCUCACAGGAGACUAGCGAGCUCGGGGGUCCAGGCAACAUGCUGAAGACCCUGGACCCCAUCCUCAUCACCAUCAUCGCCAUGUCCGCGCUGGGCGUCUUCCUGGGCGCCAUCUGCGGCGUCGUGCUCUACUGCGCUUGCUCACAGGGCAGCAUGACGGACAGGAACUUAUCUGCCCUGGAAAACUAUAACUUUGAGCUGGUGGACGGCGUGAAGCUAAAGAAGGACAAGAUGAACGGACAGACUAACUACUCAGAGGCGUGAGGGGCAAAGAGGGACGGAGCUGCGAUGCUCCGCUUAGGACAUGAGAUGCAGUCAAUCAAGCGGGAGGAAACAUGGGGCUGAAGCCACCAAUGGGACAGCAGAGUGGGCUGACAGUGAGCCGAUGUAAUUUUUUUCUCAGGAGCGGCAGUGGAAAGGACUGACCUGCAGGGGGCACUGUGUAUAAAGAAUCUGUACAGCAAAAAAAAAAAAAAGAAGAAAACUAAGGAUUCUAUUUGUUUUUUGGCGUGCUUUGUUGAUUUCAUGUAAUCACAUGCUGGUGUUGAGACCAAUUCAGAUGAAAGUAUUUGUUUGUGUACUUUUAUGGAAAGCUAAGUUUUUUGUUUUUGUUCUGUUCUUGUUGUUUUUUCUUGUCUUUUUCUCCAGAUGUCAUUGUUUCACACAGAGAGAGAGCAGAGAUUGUGAAAUUUGCUGUUCUGAUAUCUGGCUCUUUAACUUGGCCAUGAUAGUGUGUGUGUGUGUGUGUGUGUCCCUGUGAGGGAGUGUACAUGUGUCACAUUCAUAUACAUCUGCAUUUAAGGUGUGUGUGUGUGUGUGUGUUUGUGUGUGUGUGUGUGUGUGUGUGUGUGUGAAGCGGGCACCAUCCCGUCAACCUGUGUCUAGUUCCGACAGUGCCUUUUUUUUCCUCCAAUUUUUCUGUUGCCUUGUUUUUUCGGCUGGUUGUUUUUCUCAUCGGCUGGCGUUUCAUCCGGGGCUCCUACAUAAAACCUGGAAACGUCCAGAAAAUGAAUUUCAAGCUUUCUGAUUAGUGAUUAUAUUUUGGAUUUGCAGUAUAAAUGUAUGACUUAACAUUUUAGUGACAUAGUCUUCUGUCAAAUAUCACAUUUGUCUGGAAAGCUUUGGAAAAAAAUUAAGGAAUCUCAAAAUGUAAAAUGUUGUAGGAGCCCUGCAAGUCUUGUUUUCAUGGCACAUGACACAUCCAACAUAUUGUACAUAGGUUUUAAUAUAUUUGAGCGCCCUUUUCUAUAGAAAAAGACACCAGUGCCGCAGUAUCCUUUCUAUGUUGGAAUCAAGCUCACCAUAAUCCUAAAAUUCAGAAAGUGUACAGAAAAUAUUUUAACAGACGGAGGCACAAACUUGUCAUUUGUGUUUCUUUUGCAAAUGUGAUCUGGUUGCCAUUUUGUGAAUCUUGUUGUCGUUUGGUUUCUGUUUGUGUUCUGGGAAAAAGGAUGGUUUUUGUGUCGAUGGAGACGGCUUUGAGAUUACGGAGAAACGCCUCGUGGGAAGUGAUGUUUUCGUACAGGGUAAAACGGACAGCCUCAGCACCCGCUAAGAUGCUGACAGCAUGUCACGGAUGGAUCCGUCUGGCACAGAAAAUGACUGGUAAACCUUUAACCUAAAGUGUGGCCGGCGGGUUCAAGAGAGCCAAGACCUCAAGUAUCUCUUUUCUGAUCCAUCAGCCGGUGGAGUGUGCGAGAUCCUGAAUGUUAAUGCUGACUGUCCUGGCUGAAAACCAAGAAUUACUGUUUGCCGUGACAAUGCUGUACUUUCUGGCAGUGUAUUUGUAAUGUUGACUAUCAGAAGAAAAAUCUUUGAAGGAUCUUUAAAGGAGUAAGAUGAUGUUUAGCGAAUUAAGACUCAGAACUGCAGCAACGCUAAUUAAACACACAUAUUUCACUGUCCUCCUCCCUUGAGCUAAAUUGGCUUGUAAUUAACACACACAUUUGAAGUUUCAAAGACAAGUUCACUAGUGAAUCAGAAGAGAGCAAAGAUCCAACAGACAUGCGAAGUAAAACUAAUAUAGGGUUCAUUAUUCUCACUUUUAUUUAAAAAGAAUCUGGGUGUCAGUGUGUUCAUUUUGAUUAGUAAGACUGGGUGAAAAUUGGAUUUAGAAAAUGUUAUUUGCAGUACCAGCACUCUGAGUUGUUUUUUUUCUGUGCAAUUCUGCCACAUAAUCAGCACCUCAUUUGCAUUGUAUCCCCAUUUUACUCAUUACUCUGUAUUUGCAGUAGCAUUUUCUAGCUUAUCAGCUUUGCAAACUGGCCUUAUUUGUAAACCAUUGUGAUCAGGAAACUCAACAACUUUGGGAUCUAUGAGGAUCAGUUUUAAAAUGAUCGGCUCCUCUUAAAGAAAAACUGAAAAUGUUGAGCCUCGUGCUAAUAAUACUGCUUUGUUGUGUUUUAUCUUUUGUAGCUAAAUGUGUUGUGAUACUGGUCGCUUGUUCAUAGCACUGUUUAAAAAAAAAAAAAGAAAAGUCAGUUUAGGUGGGAGGAUUGAGUCUUGGGAAGCCAGAAAUCUCACCGGUCACUAACUCAUCAAUAUCAAUUAACAAUCUAUCAUCUCCGACAGAUGUUUUAUGUUCAGUCUGUGACAUUAAACAGGGCAAUUCCUACGUUAUGGUUUUUCAAAUUUACAGAUUAUUCAUUUACAAAGAUUAAAAAGCCAUUAAAACAGGUACAGCAUGAUUGAUGAUGAUUAUUAUGUUUGUCUUAGUGUCUGUACACUGCACUGUGGAAUUUAAAUCUGCCAUUUUUUUAUGUAGCAUUACGUGGCAUCUCGUGAGUUCAAAAUGUGAAGAGAAAGCGUCGAGACAGCGGUCGAUUUAGCGUCAAUUCUCUGUUUUGUCUUUUAAAGUGAGACGUUUAGAGAAAUUGUAAAGGAAAUCCACAACUGAGCAAACGUUUCUUAUCAAAUGAAGGUGCUCUGACUGUUGAGAAGUUCACUAUUAGCAUCUUUGUUUUCUCAGUAACAUAUCAACUGCAUUCGUUUACAGUUAAAGAACCAGACAAGACAAUGGCUCAUCAAAAUGUAACUUCAGUCCGACUUUACAGACAAGAAUGUGUGUUUCUGACGUUUCAGCAGACGUUGAUAAAGCUCCUUCCCCUUUAAACAAGAAAGGAUGCUGCAGCACUAGACGUGAAAACAAUGUUGCACUGAAAUAUUUAAAAAAUCUAUGUGUUUAUGAUGUUGAUUUAUGAAAAGAGAGAGAAGGAAGGAAGGAGAGGACAGUGUUAUUGUUGAUUCUUUUUAACACAGUUUCAGAUGACAAUGUUAUAAUUCUGAAAUGUACAAUUUACAGAGAUGUUUUUCAUUCUUGAAAAAGCUUAUAUGCGUCUCUUUGAAACGUAACAAUUUUAUUUACUUGGUAUAAUAUCACCUUGUGUUUUUGUACUGUCACUGAUGUACGUGCCAUUGUUUUAUUUGUUUUGUUUUUUCUUUGUAUGACAAGA